GUCGCCAUCCAGUCCAGCUGAACCGCAGAAAAACGAAAGACGGUCUCGCAUAAGCAUUGCGGUGGAAAGUGAUAAAUCAUUUGUUUUUAAAUAUUUUAGGCAAUAGUUGCGUGGUGCUGCUCAAAACGAGUAUAAAAUAUAGUGCUUCAUCAUCUAUUUGAAACCACAAAGCAAACAGGCGGAAAUAGAUCACCCACAAGACCGAAAUUGUGUGCAGUCGGAUUUUUCUCAUUAGUGGAAAAUUUUCUAGCUUCCGAGUGAAGCACUGGGUUAUCGUGGAUUCAAAGGCCAGUGCUGGGUGGGAAAAUAGAGGUUUUUGUCGAAAGCACAAAGGUCGGGUGUAGUGCAGCGGGCAAUUGCUUGAAUGAAAAUAGGGCGGUGGAAAAUCCUGAAAUCGCAGAUCCGAGAUGAGUGCAUUUCUUCGAGUUCCUAGAGCGGUGUUUGGUGCAGGUCAGCACUAUCGCAGCGUUGAUACGAAUGUUCGGAAUCGUUUCGUAAGCUACCGUUCAAAUCAGACGGGAUUGUAUCAGCAAUGCUAUGGCUCGAUUCCAACGAGCAGCAAUAGGACUGUCGCUGUGAUAGCAGUGUCGCCUACAAACACAACCCUACUGGAUGCACUAGGUUAUAGUUUUAGUAAUAAUGGUGCUAUUAGAUGUAUAUCGACGAGCGGUGUCCACUACGACCAGCCGUCGUCUAAAGUGGAAGUCACAGUACAAAAAAUCAAACAGUCGCAAAAGGAACAGGAGCAGCAGUCUGAAAUUGCUGCCACGACUUCAGCGCAAGCAGCAUCAACAGCAGCGACUAGUACAAGUCAAACUGCCCCAUCGCCUCAAACCCAGGUUGUUGCAACUGCUCCGGUCAAAAAAACCCUCAAACAGCGAAUAUGGGCUGAAAUGCUGCAUUAUUACCAUGGCUUUCGAUUACUGUUUAUCGACAUAAACGUGAGUCGUAAGCUCUUGUGGCGAGUACUUAACGGCAAUACGCUGACAAGGCGAGAGCAUCGACUGUUGGUGCGAACGACCUCGGAUUUGUUCAGACUGUUACCGUUUUCUGUAUUUAUUAUAGUACCUUUUAUGGAGCUUCUACUUCCGUUGGCUAUAAAGUUGUUCCCAGGGAUGCUCCCAUCAACAUUUCAAACUGCUACCGAGCGAGAAGAUAAAAUCAAGCAAAAUCUGAAAGUCAAAUUAGAGAUGGCGAAAUUUUUACAAAAGACGCUGGAUGACAUGUCGGUGCAAAGCUCUGAACAUCGUUCACAGUCAGCAAAAGAUUUCACCGAAUUUUUUGCCAAGGUUCGCAAUUCCUCUGAUUUUACGGUAACUAAUGAGGAUAUCAUUAAAUAUUCCAAAUUAUUUGAGGACGAAAUCACCCUGGAUUCUUUGUCCAGACCACAACUACAGGCACUCUGUAGAGUAUUGGAAAUGUCACCAAUUGGUACUUCAAAUUUGCUUCGCUUCCAGUUACGGCUAAAACUGCGUAGCUUGGCUGCCGAUGACCGAACGAUACAGAAGGAAGGCAUUGAAUCGUUGAAUCUUUCGGAGCUGCAAGCAGCUUGUCGUGCUCGUGGUAUGCGAGCCUACGGUACAACCGAAGAACGACUACAAUCGCAGCUGCGUGAAUGGAUAAACUUAAGUUUGAACGAAAAGGUUCCACCCUCACUGUUGCUACUUUCGAGAGCGCUGAUGAUUCCAGACAGCGUAACAACCAGCGACAAGCUGAAAGCCACCAUUUCUGUCCUUCCUGACUCCGUUGCAACUGUUACAAAAGCUGCCAUCGGCGAAAGGGAGGGUAAGAUCGACAACAAAACCAAAAUCGAAGUCAUUAAAGAAGAACAACGCAAAAUCAAGGAGGAGCGUGAAGAAGAAAAGGAAAAACAAAAGGAAAUCGCAGAAAUAUUGGUGGAUAAAGCUCCGCUUGUCACCGAUGAGAAAGUCAUCCACCUUGCAGAACCAGAAGUACAUGUCAAACCUCCAGUGGAACCACCGAUUGUUUUAACAUCGGAAGAAAUCUCCAGCAAGGAUCUAGAAGCACUGGGAGACGCUUUAGGUUCACUCAGUAAAGAUAAGAAAACACUGCUAGUGGAGAAGGAAGAAAUCAAGGAUUUGAAGGAAGAAAUUGCUGACUAUCAAGAGGAUGUGGAAGAACUCCAGGAGGUCAUCACAGCAGCGCCUAAAGAAAUCAAGGUCAAGGAAUCACGGGCGGCAAAGAUGUUGUUCAAGAAGGUAAACUCGAUGAUCAACAAAAUGGACACCGUUUUAUCAGACUUGGAAAAGAAAGAAAAGCGGCUUAAAGAACAGGUCAGCGCUGUAGAGAAAAGCAAGUCCGAUGUCGAUGCUCCAACCUGCGUCGCUGCCGAAGAACUGGUCCGAAUCGACGAGCUGAUGUCAGCUAUAAAAAAGAUUCAACAAGUUCCGGAUGAUUCUAGACUAGAUCAAAUUGCUAAAAUUCUUGGCAAAAUUGAUGACGAUCGCGAUGGCUCCAUCAAAGUGGAAGACGUUUUGAAGGUAAUCGAAAUAAUUGGCCAAGAGAACGUACAAUUGAGCUCCAAGCAGAUCGACGAAUUGAUUGAGUUGAUGGACAAAGAAGAGGUUUUGGAGGCAGAAGAUAAGAUCGAGAAGGCUCUCAACAAGAGUUUAGAAGCCAAGGAGAAACAAAAGGAACAGGAAAGCAAAGAGAAGGAAAAGCUUCUUGAACUUCAAGACAAAGCUACUGAUUUGGCUUUGUCAGAACCUCAGUUAAAAACCGAAAGUGAAAAGAAGCUGGACGAAUGUGUUCUCGAGGAGUAUACUCUUCAGAAGGAUGUUGAGAGGAAAGAUCAAACAGUUUCUGGUACCGAUAAAUCCAGCAACGCGGUCCCGAUGUCACCAAUUUCGAGUACCCCAAAUAUUCCACCCAACAUUGUUCCACCACCUGCGUCGUCGGAUUUAUCUAAAUCUGCACAGGAUAAGAGAAUAUGAUGCUUUCAGGUUGACGAUGAAGGUUCUAAACCACCAUCGAUUCGAAAAUAGAUUCCAAAACUUGCCUAAAACGAACGAUAUGGCAGCCGUUGGUUGCAACUGUACAGUGUGUAAGACAAUAUAUUCUGUAUUGGCAAAAAAGGUCAGAAUCCAAAGUAAAGUAAACCGAGUAGAAAAUCUAAUAUUUCCGAAAACCAAGUGAUUGUAUAGAUUAUUUAUCAAAAAAUUAAUGUAAAAGCUAUAAGCAAA